UUAAAUUUCGUCCGUGGGGCAACCAAACAUGGCCUUACCGUUGGACUGACAUUCACCCGCCAGGCAGCUGAGCUCCGCCGGCGGUUGAUCGUCAGACCUCGCCGAAUGCGUAAAUUCUCUCUCCGGCCGGCAGCGAAGUCUGCAAUUUCCAUCUUCGAUUCUGAUGAUGGCGUUGAGCAUCUUCCUUGUGUUGAUAGUAUUUUUUGGUAUUAAUAACAUGUCAAUGGUUGAUUCGUCUACACUGGGGGUGGAGUAUGUUUCCCGGCUUCUGGAGAUUCAGGACCGCGAGCGAGCUCCGUCGUCUCUGCAGCUAUCGGCGGCGUAUGCCGCCCUCGGUCGUAAUUUUCCUUCUCAUACGACAAGCUUCCAGUUCAGAAUCAUCUCUAAGGAUCAUUGUGGUGGGGAAUCUUGCUUUAAAUUAAGCAAUCAUCCUGCCAUGCAUCUUGCUGGUUCUCCUAAAAUUUUAAUAAGCGGAACUACUGGAGUGGAGCUGCUGUCAGGUCUACACUGGUAUCUAAAGUAUUGGUGUGGAGCACAUAUUUCUUGGAAUAAAACAGGUGGUAUGCAGCUUUCUUCUGUCCCAAAUCCUGGAUCUUUACCUCGCAUCAAUAGUGUCGGGGUUACAAUGACGAGGCCUACUCCUUGGAGCUACUAUCAGAAUGCUGUUACAUCUAGCUAUGCAUUUGCAUGGUGGAACUGGGAAAGAUGGGAGCAGGAAAUUGACUGGAUGGCGCUCCAAGGAAUCAAUCUGCCUUUGGCAUUUACUGGUCAAGAGGCAAUCUGGCAAAAAGUCUACCAGAAAUUCAAUAUAAGUGCUCUUGAUUUGGAAGAUUUCUUUGGAGGUCCUGCAUUUCUUGCAUGGUCACGCAUGGGAAACCUGCAUGGGUGGGGAGGUCCAUUGCAACAAAGUUGGAUGAACCAACAAUUGUCACUGCAGAAGAAAAUUCUUGCCAGAAUGUAUGAAUUAGGAAUGAAUCCAGUUCUUCCAGCCUUCUCUGGUAAUGUUCCGGCAGCACUUAAAAGUAUAUACCCGACAGCAAAAAUAACACACCUUGGGAACUGGUUCACUGUUGGGAGUGACCCUAGAUGGUGUUGCACCUACCUUCUUGAUGCUACAGAUCCCUUAUUCAUUGAAAUUGGAAGGGCUUUUAUUCUGCAGCAAUUGAAAGAAUAUGGAAGGACUAGCCACAUUUACAACUGUGAUACAUUUGAUGAGAACACGCCUCCAACUGACGACCCAGAAUAUAUCUCUUCAUUAGCUGCUGCAAUCUUUAGGGGCAUGGAAAGUAGUGACAGCAAUGCUGUUUGGCUGAUGCAGGGAUGGCUUUUUACUGAUGAUCCAUUUUGGAAACCCUCACAGAUGAAGGCACUAUUGCAUUCAGUACCUGUUGGAAAGAUGGUUGUUCUCGAUCUAUAUGCAGAAGUGAGUCCAGUUUGGGAAACCUCAGAACAGUUCUAUGGUGUACCUUACAUCUGGUGUAUGCUUCACAACUUCGCGGGUAACAUUGAAAUGUACGGUAUCAUUGAUUCAGUAGGAUCUGGACCCAUCGAUGCUCGUCUAAGCCCAAACUCAACCAUGGUUGGUGUUGGGAUGUCCAUGGAAGCUAUUGAGCAGAAUCCCAUUGUUUAUGAUCUCAUGUCUGAAAUGGCAUUUCGACAGGACAAAGUGGAUGUUAAGAAUUGGAUUGAUGUGUACGCCUACAGACGAUAUGGAAAACCGGUUCCAUCAAUGCGCCGUGCCUGGAACAUAUUGUAUCAUACAUUAUACAACUGCACAGAUGGAUUAUAUGACAAAAACAGAGAUGCAAUCGUGUACUUUCCCGAUGUCCAUCCUAAUUCAAUUCUUACUUCAUCUCUGCUGUCACUACCCAUAAAGCAUCAUCAAACAGCUAUAUAUCAACAACAGACCAGUGACUCCUAUUCCCAGCCUCAUUUAUGGUAUUCGACUGAAGAAGUUAACCACGCCUUGGAACUUUUCAUUACGAGUGGAGACGAACUCUCCGAAAGCAACACUUACAGGUAUGACCUAGUGGAUCUAACAAGACAAGCCUUGGCCAAGUAUGCGAAUCGACUUUUCUUGGACAUCAUAGAGGCCUAUCAGCAAGAUGACCUGCAAGCAGUCAGGCAACUGAGCAAGAAAUUCCAAUCUCUGGUUGAAGAUCUCGAUGCACUCCUGGCAUGCCACGACGGGUUUCUACUCGGACCUUGGCUAGAGAGCGCAAAGCAACUCGCCCAAAACGAACAAGAAAAGAAACAGUUUGAGUGGAAUGCAAGAACCCAAAUCACCAUGUGGUUCGACAACACAGAGGAUGAAGCUAGUCUCCUUCGCGACUACGGAAACAAAUACUGGAGUGGUCUAGUCGGGGACUAUUACGGUCCGCGAGCUGCUAUAUACUUGAAACAUCUGAUACAUAGCCUGGAGACAGGCAACAGUUUCCAGUUAAUGGAAUGGAGGAAAGAAUGGAUCAAACUAACAACCAAAUGGCAAAGCAGCAACAAUAUUUUCCCAACCAAAAGCACCGGGGAUCCGCUAGAAGUUUCGAAGCAGCUCUACAACAAGUACUUGAGAAAUGAUCCAGAGUUAGAGGCAGAAUCUGAAUAUGAAUAAUCAGUGUAUAUGCAAUUUGUGAAGGCUGGACGACUUGAUCCUCAAUAUAAUAAUCUCAUGGGGUAUUUGGUAUUUUUAUGUAGUAGUUUCUUUUGACAAUAUUUAUGGAUUUCAAAAUUUUGUAGUUAAUUAUAAAUUUUAAAUUCAUCACUUUUAAUAAAAUUAAUUUAUAUUGUUUGUUAAAUAUAUUUGAAUGAAUAUAGGCUCCUUUGGUUUUUAGAUGAAAUUAUUUUUAUUUUUUAUGUGUAGUGCCAAAAAUUGUGUCAAAAUAUAAAAUAUAUAAUAGUAUUUUAAGUUGAAAAUUAAGUGUCGAGGUUUUGUUCUCUUGUAAACUAUUAUAAAUUUAUUUUAUAUUUAAUAUAUCACCGUCCACAACUCUUCAAAAUUCAAACACACAAACAAGCACCCCAUAAAUUUUUAUUUUUUAUUUUUUGACUUUUUUAUAAAAUAUUUCAUGUUUUAUAUUAUUAUUUUUGAAAAAUCACUAUUUAAAAAUGAUAUUUAGAUAUAUUAAAGUAUUAAAAAUAAAUUGAAUAUCAUACGGAAACAAACGCCUGUCCGACGUCGGCGAAAGCAGCGGAACAAAAGGCUGUACCACUCCACAUCGGACAUUCGGAAACUACCAGGGCAGUGGGAGUUCAAUAAAACUGGGAAGA